AAAUCUAAAUCAAACUUAGACGGCGUUGGUAAGGCGUGCCGUGUGACCGGAGGGAGAGAGUAAAGUGAAAAGCCUCUGCUUGCUGUCGUUCGUUAACAAUCAUUCCUUUCUAGUUGCUUUACCAAACCAUACCAUACCAGCUCCUUCACCAUCUCUCAAAACUCAAAAGGGAGUUCUCGCACGGCCUCGACCUACUGCCUCUUCAUCUUUCUGGGGUUUUUUUGAUCCCUGACCGUGAGCAAAUACUGCCGAGAGGAUCCGUGACCAGAAAUGGCGAACAUAGAGAUCGAGGGUAUCCUGAAGGAUCUCCCCAACGAUGGGAGAGUCCCCAAGACCAAGAUCGUGUGUACACUAGGCCCUGCGUCCCGGUCAGUUCCCAUGCUGGAGAAGCUCCUCCGCGCUGGAAUGAAUGUUGCCCGGUUCAACUUCUCGCACGGGACCCAUGAGUAUCAUCAGGAGACGCUCAACAACCUCAAGAUUGCGAUGCAUAACACACAAAUUCUUUCUGCUGUCAUGCUCGAUACCAAGGGCCCCGAGAUUCGGACUGGUUUCCUUAAGGAUGGAAAGCCCAUCCAGCUGAAGGAAGGCCAAGAAAUCAGUGUUACCACUGAUUACACUAUCAAGGGCAGUGACGAAAUGAUCUCCAUGAGCUACAAGAAGCUUGCUGUGGACCUGAAGCCUGGAAACACCAUCUUAUGUGCUGAUGGAACCAUCACCCUCACAGUCCUCUCCUGUGACCCAGCUGCUGGGACUGUCCAGUGCCGUUGCGAGAACACUGCGACACUUGGGGAGAGGAAGAAUGUCAAUCUCCCUGGUGUCGUGGUGGACCUCCCCACUCUGACCGAGAAGGACAAGGAAGAUAUUCUGCAAUGGGGUGUCCCUAACGAUAUCGAUAUGAUUGCGCUCUCAUUUGUGCGCAAGGGCUCUGACCUUGUCAAUGUUCGCAAGGUUCUUGGCCCUCAUGCCAAGCGUAUCCAAUUGAUGUCGAAGAUCGAGAACCAGGAGGGUGUCAUCAACUUCGAUGAGAUCCUGCGGGAGACUGACUCAUACAUGGUUGCUCGAGGAGACCUUGGGAUGGAGAUUCCUGUUGAGAAGAUCUUCCUGGCCCAGAAGAUGAUGAUAUACAAAUGCAACCUCGUGGGCAAGCCUGUGGUCACUGCAACCCAGAUGCUUGAGUCGAUGAUCAAGUCUCCUAGGCCAACCCGUGCUGAGGCCACUGACGUGGCUAAUGCAGUCCUUGAUGGGACUGACUGUGUCAUGCUGAGCGGAGAGAGCGCUGCUGGGGCUUACCCAGAGCUUGCUGUGAAGAUCAUGCGGAGGAUCUGCAUUGAGGCAGAGUCAUCCCUCGAUUAUGGGGCCAUCUUUAAGGAGAUGAUAAGGUCCACCCCGCUUCCAAUGAGUCCCCUCGAGAGUCUGGCCUCCUCGGCUGUCCGAACGGCCAACAAGGCCAGGGCUAAGCUCAUUGUGGUGCUGACACGUGGUGGCACCACUGCGAAGCUCGUCGCCAAGUACCGCCCUGCUGUCCCAAUCCUAUCCGUGGUGGUUCCCAUCCUCACAACAGACUCGUUCGACUGGGCAUGCAGCGAUGAGAGCCCUGCCAGGCACAGUCUCGUGUACCGGGGCCUGAUCCCGAUCCUGGCUGAGGGUUCUGCCAAGGCCACUGAUGCUGAAUCCACUGAGGUCAUCUUGGAAGCAGCCCUGAAGUCGGCCACUGAGAAAGGGCUCUGCAGCGCCGGGGACGCCGUUGUGGCACUUCACCGCAUCGGGGCUGCCUCUGUCAUCAAGAUUUGCCUUGUGAAGUGAUGCGGAUUCCGCGGGAGUAUGAUGUGCAAUUGAUUUAUGUUUUCAUAUGAAGUUAGUGCGGGGGGGCUGCUGUUCGUCUUGCCCAUUUUGACAUUAUAGUACUUGAAUUUGGAUGUCCAUUAUCUCCUGUAAUUAGGAGGUGUCUGUCUGUUUCAAAAUAGCCAUGGACCAUGUGGCCCGAAUAUGACACUCCUCUUAUCCUAAUUCCUCAAGCUAUGAAUCCGACUUGGUACGCAAUUACGAAGAA